AUGCAUCAUCAACGACUUCUAAUUGAAUUAAUACAAUAUAAAAAAUUAAUUUCAUAUGCUUAUGGUCAAUCACUUCAAUCUCAUUAUAUUCAACGUUUAGCAAUGGGAAAUGGUAAUCCUGUUUUAUUACUUUUUGAAUUUCAACCUGUUUAUACAUGUGGUCUUCGUCGUUCCUCAUCAAUUGUUACUUCAGCUGAUAUUGAACGACUUCGUUCACUUGGUGCACAUUUUCAUGAAACUGAUCGUGGUGGUCUUUUAACAUUUCAUGGACCAGGUCAAUUUGUUGCUUAUCCUAUUCUUCCACUUCAACAUCCACUGCUUCGAUUAACACUUCGAACUUAUAUUAAUCGUCUUGAACAAACAUUAGUUGAUACUUGUGGAGAAAUUGUUGGUCAAACAAGAGUUUAUUCAGGAAUUAAAAAUGGACAAACAGUAAAUUAUGCUGGAGCAUGGAUAGAUAAUCAACGAAAAGUUGCUUUUAUGGGUAUACGUUAUUCACGUGGUAUAACAUCUCAUGGUAUAUCAAUUAAUUGUUCAGUUAAUAUGAAUUGGUUUGAUCAUAUUAUACCAUGUGGAUUUGAUCGACGACAAAUAACAUCAUUAACUGAUGAAGUAUCUUCUAAACAAACAAUAACUGUAAAACAAAUAACACCCAUAUUUUUAAAUCAUUUCCAACGAACAUUUAAUGUUGAUUUAAAUGAGAAUGACAAACAAGAAAAUCUUAAUAUGGAUCUGUUAUAA